GCAAACUGGAGGUAGAGUUAUGUCGAAACCAAUAGGUUCUGAAUGGUCAGUAAUGCUCAUCAGUAUACUCUUUCUUCUUAACUAUCUUCUUCUCUGGCAACUUGGCUCUGGGGCUUCUUUUGAUGAUCGCAUCGACGAAGCCGCACGUAGUGGAUCCCUUCCAGAUGAUGAAGUAAGUGCUCUUCGACUCCUUUCCAAGAAUUUGCUGUCCAAAGACACAACGCAGUUAACUCUCACGUAUCCAGUUUGUUCUACCGAACCGGAUUCCGAGAUCAAGUGCUCCUGCCACAGCAUAAGAAAUCAAUCGGUUUGUUCCGUCACUGGAAUAAACUUGCCAAGCAAAAACUUGGAUGGAUCUAUUGACCCUUCAUCAAUAGGUCUCUUUGCAAACUUGGUAGGAUUUAAUCUUUUCAAUAAUCAGCUUUCUGGUGAGAUUCCUUCGACGCUGGGGAAUUUACAGCAUCUCAAGUAUUUGUAUGUUAAAGCUUUGAUUCCUUGUUCUAUAUUUAUAAAUGAUGGCAUGCAUAGGCUAUGCUUAUUUCUAAAUAAUGGUACAAUGACUGUUGUCGCAGGUGUGCGGCGUCGCGGCGAUCGUCCACCCUUAAAUAUGUAUGGGGGGAUAUAUAUAUCUGGUAAAUAUGGGGAGACAAGGAAUUCUUUGUCUCUUAGCAAAAAAAAUGGUGUGGGAGUCGCCACCUAGUAUUUUGGUCACUAGGAACCCUAACUGGUCUCAGAGAUCGGGCACGGGGACUGGUUGCGUAAAGGGAAGGUAUUAGCACCCCAAAUACGCCCUACCUAAGGUAAGCUGCAUUGUUUAUUUGUCUGAUAAAAUUCAAGGUCCCGUUGUGUUUCCUAGUUGUUGGUCCGUCUAUGGUUCAAGAAAAGUCUUCCUCAAUAAUGAGGUCCUUAUCUUAUCGGGUAAAACCUAAACGUUCUAACGUCUAUGUAUGUUGGUCCGUCUAUGGUUCAAGAAAAGUCCUCCUCAAUAAGGAGGUCCUUAUCUUAUCGGGUAAAACCUAACCGUUCUAACGUCUAUGUAUGUUGGUCCGUCUAUGGUUCAAGAAAAGUCCUCCUCAAUAAGGAGGUCCUUAUCUUAUCGGGUAAAACCUAACCGUUCUAAUGUCUAAAACAAACCAUAUUUUUAAUAUCAGGAAUACGUUUUAUGUUUAAAUUCGUAAUCCCAUAUACUAAAAUAAAACAAAAAGAUUUUUUAGAAUUUUUGAAAUAUUGGCCUAAUUCUCAUGGCUUGAAUAAACUGGUUAUUAAAGCCAAAAUGCAUACUAAUACUAUAUUGUUUUGAAAUUUUCUUUGUUGUAUGAAAAAUAUGAUGUUAUAAUAUUUAUAUAUAUAUAUUGGAGAGACUAGGCCGUAUGCAUGAAAACAAAAUAUUUUUAAAUUAUUUUAUUUUUUUAUGUCUUGAAGAAAACCAGGUAUUUUAAUACCGGAUUUGUAUCUUUACAGUAUAAAAAUAUAAACCGAUAUUGAUCAAAAUACAGUAAUAAAAUUACAUAAAAUCACAUAUUUUUUGAAAUAAUUUUUGAAGAAUUUACAAAAUUUUUCUAUAUUUGUUUUUUUGGGCCGGACCUAGCUCGGCUCAUGUGGCUGGGCUGAACCCAGCAGGCCUUACCAGGUCGCGAAUUAUAUUUCACGUGAACAGUGAAAUAGCAUUUCACUGUUCACGUGAAUUAUAUUUGACAUGAACAGUGAAAUAGCAUUUCACUGUUCAAGUGAAUUAUAUUUCACUUGAACAGUGAAAUACGAGAAAAUGGUCUAUGCACAGCGACGAGAAAGAGGACGAACCUGGUGGCUGAAACAAUGUUGAAGACGAUGGCAAACACUCCUAGUGAUGCUGAUGGCAGUGGUGAGGCAGCCGACGAGGUCUUCCGGUGGUUCUGACGGUGGUUCUAGGCGGCGACUUCUCCUCCUUUCUCCCCUGUUUCUGCUUUUCCUCUGUCUGUCUCUGUUUUUGCUUCUUCUGCUUCUUCUCACGGUACAGGGCUGUUAUCAAUGACAGGGAGGGAGGCAGCAGCUAGCAGUGGCUCUUCCUCUUCUCUGCUGCGUUUUGUGUGGCUUCUUUCCAGUGAUGGUGCUGCUGUUAUUGGCAGUAUUGAUGAAAGAGAAUGGCAGCGGUUCCAGGAGUGAGGCACCGUUCUUCUUCUCCUUGCAGAGGAGAUGGUUGCUGCCUUUUCUUCAAUGGUGCUGCGGCUGCUCCUCCUCCUGGUGUGGCUGCUGGAACGAAGGAGUGAUGAGCUGGUGCGGUUGGUGGUGUUGUUGCCGCUGCUCCUCCUCUUGGUGUUGCUGCUGCUGCUGGGAUGGAGGAGAUGAUGAGGGCGUUGGCGAAAGGGCUGCAGCCGAUAGAGGGAUGGCGGGGGGAGGCUCUGAAAUGGCCGGCCUCAGGGGAGAAAAGCAGAGAAGAGGGGGAUUUUUGUUCUCUGGUUUUUUCUUGUUGCCAAAUGAGAGGGAGACGGUUCAGGAGAGGAAAAUGAGGACGUGUGUAGGGGGGAAAUUGGAAGAGAAUCAGGGCUCUCGGGGGCUGUCUUGUGCUCUGGUUCGGUGCUAGGAGAAGGAAGAUGGAUCAAUGUGCAAGCAAGGGGGUGGCUGCUUUGAUUCUGGCAGAAAAACAAGCAGGGGCAGCGCCCAGAAGAAGAAAAUCAAAAUGGAGGGGGCCUGGUUUGGUUCUCUCUUUCUCGUUCAAAACUGAACUCUCUCACUUCCCUCUAAAAACCCCCCCCAUUUGCAGCUGCUAAGAGCAGUAUUUAUAGGUGAAGGGGGAGCGGACGUUGCUGUUGUGCGUGGGGAGCAGGGGAGCGGCCUGCUGUUGUGCAUGGGGAGCAGGGCACGCGGCGGUUGGUCGGCCAGACAAGGGGCAUGGGGCUUUAGGUUCGGCCACUGUUCCAUGUUUUAAGGGGCCUGGGGCUUUAGGUAGUGUGUGGAGAGAGAGAGAUGAACAGUGUUCUAUGUUUUUUUUUUCUUUUUCUUUUUAACUUAUUUGUGGGGACCCAAAAAUGGGUUACAACAGAUGCCCCCUCUUUAUAAUGCUUACGGAGCAGCAUGGGUUUUGCGUAGUAAGUUUUAUAAAGAUAAACAAAACUGAACUUCCGAAACUGAUAUUGUCGAAGCUUGAUCUAUCUGAAACUGUCUUUACAGCAACUCCCCUUCAACCCGAAACAAUGAUCAAAACUUAGUCAUCUUGAGAUCCCAA